UUGAUGAUGAUGAAGAUGGGUAAGACUAGAGAUCACUACUUUUGGGUUGUCUUUGUUUUGGUGGUUCUUCUUCUUCUUUUUCAGUAUGUGGGUGGUUCAAAUGUAGAAGAUGAAGAAGAAGCUGACAGAAUAAGGGCACUUCCUGGACAGCCUAAUGUCUCAUUUCAUCAGUUUUCCGGUUAUGUAACAGUCAACCAAGAGGCCGGCAGAGCUCUGUUUUACUGGCUUACGGAAUCAUCAUCAGAACCAUCUUCCUCUAAGCCCUUGGUUAUUUGGCUCAAUGGAGGGCCAGGAUGUUCUUCUGUGGCAUAUGGUGCAUCAGAGGAAAUAGGUCCUUUUCGUAUAAACAACAAGGCUUCUGGAUUGAAUCUAAACCCAUUUUCAUGGAACUCUGUUGCAAAUCUUCUCUUUUUGGAGUCACCCGCCGGUGUUGGCUUCUCUUACACCAACACCUCCACUGAUCUAGUUCAAAUCGGUGAUAGGAGAACUGCCAUGGACUCCUUGACUUUCCUUGUCCGUUGGAUGGAGAGAUUCCCUCGUUACAAAACCCGGCAAGUGUUUCUCGCCGGAGAGAGUUAUGCCGGCCAUUAUGUACCUCAGUUCGCUAGAGAGAUCUUGGCCUACAAUGCUAACUCCGACAACCACCCAAUACAUCUUAAAGGAAUAAUGAUUGGGAAUGGGGUGAUGGACAACUACUAUGAUAACAUAGGAACGGUGAACUAUUGGUGGAGCCACGCCAUGAUCUCUGACCAGACUUUCCAUCAGUUGAUCAACACUUGCCAUUUCAGUGGCCAACAGAAGGAAUCAAACGAAUGUGAAACCACUUAUAACUACGCCAUGGAUCAAGAAUUGGGUAACAUUGAUCCCUACAAUAUCUAUGCCAUUCCUUGCCCUAAUAAGUCAAAUGGAACAACAACAUCAGCCAUGAUCACCACUCAGACCACACGUUUGCCUCAUCGUCCCCACAAGCUAUCGAGACCCAUCUCUGGAUAUGAUCCUUGCACGGAGAGUUACGCAGAAACAUACUACAACAGGCCAGAUGUCCAGAAAGCUCUUCAUGCUAACACUACCAGGAUACCCUACAAAUGGACUGCUUGCAGUGAAAAGGUCAACAGAAAUUGGAAUGACUCGGACAUAACCAUCUUGCCCAUAUACAGGCAACUCAUUGCAGCUCAGUUGAGGAUUUGGCUUUUCAGUGGUGAUGUGGACUCAGUUGUGCCGGUGACAGCCACUAGAUAUUCAUUGGCACAGCUCAGGUUGACAACCAAGAUUUCAUGGUACCCUUGGUACGUUAGGAAACAGGUAGGAGGAUGGACAGAAGUAUACGAUGGUCUUACAUUUGCAACGGUUAGAGGGGCUGGACAUGAGGUGCCGCUUUUCAAGCCAAGAGCAGCUCUUCAGUUAUUCAAAUCAUUCUUAAGAGGGGACCCCCUUCCAAAAUCUUGAAGGAAUUUUCCUGUCUAGACUCUGGUUUAGGGGAAAAUUAGCAGCUAAUAGAGGGGGGUGGAGGGGAUACCAUCAUUACUUCAUUUGACUAGGGAAAUGGUAGUUUCUAUUAUGAACGUUUGUUAAAUCCAUGAAGACUAGAACAUCUUAUUAUUAUUAAGCAAGUAAUUGUCUCAAGAAAACUGAUCAUUGAUCCAUUGGAAUAUGCUUUCAUCAAAUAAUACCACAUCAUUGGAAAGUAAUGGAUUUUCUAGACUAAUUGUGCUGCUGCCUAAAAAGGACAAAAUGAACCUUACAACAAUAAUAAGGGUAUAUAUCUAUGGUCUACUAAGUUUCUGAGAUCAAACCAAUUGGCCUAAAAGCUAAUUUAACAAACCAACUGUGUCCUCUUCAUGCAUAAGUCUCAGAUAGCCCAAAACGGUUUAGGAGAUACCAUUUGGCUUGAGUUACUUUUAGAAAGUUCAGUGGAUUUGUCAAGAUCAUCAUCUUCGUCGUCAUCUUCAUCCCCGUAUUCGACCAGCUUGAGUAAAGUAUCUGAAACACAUUAUGAAAUUAAACCAAUCAAAUGAAGUGGGGUGCAAUCAUCUUUUUUAACAUUUUCAUAACAAACAAAGAAAAUCGGGCUUAAUAAAAAACUACCAGUUGUGGUCUCGGGUUUUGUUUUAUGGAUGACAUUGUUAUGCUCUUGCACUUUUUUACUAUGCAGUAGUGAUGCAUUGAACUUUGGUGGAGGAGGCGGUGGACGCAUUGCUCUAGGAGGCGGUGGAACCAUUGUUCCAUUACUCGAUUGCAGUCCCAACUCUUUUGGCGGCGGCAUUGUUGAAAUAUUUCUUACCCCAAAAUCUCUGCUUGGCUUCGGCUUCAGGAAUUCUGAUGAUCUCUGCAGUUCUACCUGCUAAAGUACAAUUAUUCUAUAAUUUCAAAUAUUAUAAUAGUAUAUCUAAAGGAGAAGUCAAAUCUUUGCUGUCAUUUUGUAUUGCUACUGUAAAUGGUGACUAAGGAGCUCUAGUGUAUGUGCUUUUGCCUUUUGGUAAUAAGGAUAGCAAAAUUUACUAACAAUU